AUGGCGACACCACAGAGACCUGAGCAGGGCCACUCCAGGCACCCAUCGAGCGACACUAGACGCGUCGCAAUGCCGCGGCGUAGCACAAAGGGUCCGUUGGAUGUCGAUACGUCAUCCAAAGANAGUGUACCGACCUUCCAACCACCAACGCCAGCGCUACAGACCGUAUUACCGCCCUCACCAGCACCCACAUCCAUGCCAGUGCGAACGGCAUCGCCUGCCUCGUCUCUGCUAUCUCCCGUCCAACAGAGUCAAACAUCAAUACGAACGCGAUCCAAGAGUCCAGGAGCUCGAACCAUGCAACUAGACCUCUCACUCCUCCUUCGACCUUCCCUCUACGCUCCCGUACCGACAACUCAGAUCGCCGCUCCUUUCCUCGACUCCUCACACCAACCAGCCCCAGACACAGAUCUGGACACUCUUCUAUCAAACCGGCGAUUCAUACAUGCCGCAGACAAGGCGACCGACAUUCUGACGUCUGGGUCUGUCUCACCAUCAGACACACAAAGAAUACUCGGAUUGCUGUAUACUCGUUUCUCCUGCCUCGUCAUCUGUAAUCAAACCACUCUGGCUGCAAAAGAAGCAAAACCAUUAUCCGAUCUACUGGCGAGGGAGAGUGGUACCUACACACGACCCUAUCGUGAAGUCUUUCUCUCUCAAAUACCAUGGUCGUUGCGGCUGUUGCUUCUCAAGCUUCAAGUCUUGGGAACGGCGGAUCUGCAUAGGAGAGCUAUCAUGGGCUUGUACGCGUUGUCAUCUGAAUGCCGCACCCUGGCACAAAAAGCGAGGGUUGAGAAGGAUGACGCUGGAUUCAAAGUCUGGAGAGACAGAUUAUCGGAUCUCGGCCUUAGAGUCGCUAGCGAGUUGAUCGAAAUGGGUGAACUGGAAACAGCACGUCGACAUCUUGCCACUCUAUCAUCUCAGCCCACAGACCCGCUCGAAAACAACAAGAUGUGCAUCCGGAAGACCCUCCUCUUGCUCAAGAUCGGCGACACAAAAGCAGCAAAAGAAUGUCUAGCUUCCUACACCUCUACACCAUCAACGGACCAAAACAUCGAGAUCCAAAAACAAGUCCUGGAAGCGCUUACCCACUUUUCUUCCUCUGAUAUCCCUGCUGCAGUCUCUUCUCUUCAAUCCCUCGCCGACAAGUAUCCCUCAAAUCCUCUAGUCACACAUAACCUUGCCAUCGCAUACCUCUACAACAACAAUGUUGUUCUCGCUUCCGAGACUUUGGAGGCACUGAUUACAGAAGACGAAGUCUUGUUUCCUACCUUGCUGUUUAACCUGUCUACAGUGUAUGAAUUGAGGACCGAGAGGGCUAGAGAGAGGAAAUUGGAGUUGGUGGAUAAGGUGGCGGAGAUUGGAGUGAGUGGAGGAAGGUUGCAGGUUGGUGGGUUUGAGAAGGGGAUGGGGGAGUUUAAGUUGGCUUGA